CAAACACACUUCUCUGGUUAAUCUUAGUUUUAUCUUCCUCUUCACAGCACUUCAAAGUUGCAGUGAUGAUGAGAACACCAAGCAAUGAUGAAAGUGGUUUGAAGAAGGGACCUUGGAGCCCAGAAGAGGAUAAAAUAUUGAUGGAUUUCAUUCAGAAACAUGGCCAUGGAAGUUGGAGAGCCCUUCCAAAGCUUGCAGGAUUGAACAGAUGUGGAAAAAGUUGCAGACUAAGGUGGACUAAUUACCUCAGGCCUGAUAUCAAAAGAGGAAAAUUCUCUGAUGAAGAAGAGAAACUCAUCAUCAAUUUGCAUGCAGUUCUUGGGAACAAGUGGGCAGCUAUAGCAUCUCAUCUGCCGGGGAGAACUGACAAUGAGAUCAAGAAUUUCUGGAACACCCAUUUAAAGAAAAAGCUUUUGCAAAUGGGGUUGGAUCCAAUGACUCACCGUCCAAGAACUGAUCACCUAAGCCUUCUUAGCAAUCUACAACAGAUAUUGGCUGCUGCAAAAAUUGUGAGCAGUUUCACAAACCCUUGUGACAUAAACAAUGCUCUAAGGCUACAAUCAGAUGCCACACAACUAGCCAAACUCCAGUUAUUGCAAAACAUGUUUCAAGUCUCAAACUCAGACCCACUCAACCCUUUUGGAUCACUAAACUCACUGCCAGAUGCUUUGGUAAAUGAUGUUUUAGGGUUGAAUAAUCUCUCUAAUCUUCAAAACCUUUAUGAUGGUACAUCACUUGGUUUCUCUUCUCAAAUCCAAGCCAAUAAUUUCCAAAACUUUGAGGCCCCUCAGGAGCCAACACAACACAUGAAUGGUGGCAGAAAUAGUGGUUGCAAGGAAUCUGAAAAGCUUGAUGAGCAAUUUGGUUCCACAACAUCAAAUUCUUCGCUUCCAAAUCUAGUUUGUGCCUCACCUGAACGUUCAGCAGAAAAGAUGGUAAACUCAAAGGAGUGUUCAACCAGCUUUGAGUUAACGUGGGGAGAUUUAAUGGAUGAGGAACCAACCGAAACUUAUUGGAAAGGUUUCAUAGACCAACAUUCUAACCAGGCAUGGUCGACAGUCCCGUGAAAGAUGCAUGGCAUUUGAGGGUUAUCGCUCAAUAACAGAAUUUGUUCACUGAUCUAUGUAUGGAUCAACAUAUAUAUACUGUUCAUUUAGUUAUAAAUAAUCGGUUGGUUUAUAUGUAUUAUUCAGAUCCAAAUAUAUAUAUAGAAAGCUCUUAAUUAUAUUGUACAUUAAAAUGUACAACGUGGAGAUUCGUAAUUAAAUCAUAGACUAGAGGCCCUAUGAUGUUGAUUCAUCUUCUUUGUAUAAACUAUAAAACGUGUUGUUUGUUGGCUUUCCUUCUUAAAUGAAGUAUUUAUAUUUUUAUAAACCUAAUGUGAAUG